GGAAGUGCCAGGUUGUCCCUCACCCUGUAGUAAGUAGGGUCGCCCUGAGUUGGAAAAGACAAGCAAAAAGGACGUGAAGUUAAGUCCUUGUAGGGCUUUCCCCGCCUCCUGGAAGUUUUAAGUCUGCCUUAGACUUUGAGGGAGAGGUGUUUGUUUGUGCGUGUGUGUGUGUGUGUUUAACAGUGUCUGCUAAGUCUGCCUUAGACUUUGAGGGAGAGGUGUUUGUUUGUGUGUGUGUGUGUUUAAACAGUGUCUGCUUGUUUACCCGGCUGGAUAGUUGUGUUUAAAACUUUGUGUGUCCGCUUUGGUAAACUUGGAAAGCGAUUAGUGAUCUGUUCUAGUCACGCGGCUAAGAUGAGAAGGAAAUCGUUUUGGGGAGGGUGUUUUGGGGAAUUGUAAGUUUGAGGGGACAGACACUGAAGUAAAUUAAGCAAGAUUCCAGGAAGGUGAGAGAAGUGGGAAUUUAUUGUGGAGCAUUUAAUAUGGAUGAACACCUGGGUGACCCGUAGGAGCCGGGCUGGUGAAGGACACCUGUAAUCCUAGUCCUCUGGAGGCUAGGACAUCAAAAAUGGCUUGGUGUUCCAGUCCAGACUGGCUUAGAGGUUAUGUAUCCACACCCCAGGAGACCUGUGGAAGAUAAAGGAAAGGUAUUUUGACGGUUACAUCAUGGCGACCAUAGAAGAAAUCGCACACCAGAUUAUUGAACAGCAGAUGGGUGAGAUUGUUACAGAGCAGCAGACCGAACAGAAGAUCCAGAUCGUGACAGCACUUGACCAUAGCACCCAGGGCAAGCAGUUCACGCUGGCCAAUCACGAGGGCUCCGCCCCAGGAAAAGUCUUCCUCACAACGCCAGAUGCCGCGGGCGUCAGCCAGCUGUUCUUUGCCACUCCUGACCUGGCCACACCGCACCUCCAGCUCUUUACAGAAAAUUCGCCUGACCAAGGACCAAAUAAAGUUUUUGAUCUUUGUGUAGUAUGUGGAGACAAAGCAUCAGGACGUCAUUAUGGAGCAAUAACUUGUGAAGGCUGCAAAGGAUUUUUUAAAAGGAGCAUCCGGAAAAAUUUAGUGUAUUCGUGCCGAGGCUCGAAAGACUGUGUAAUCAAUAAGCACCACCGGAACCGCUGUCAGUACUGCAGGUUACAGCGCUGUAUCGCCUUCGGGAUGAAACAGGACUCUGUUCAGUGUGAAAGAAAACCCAUUGAAGUGUCCCGAGAAAAAUCUUCCAACUGUGCGGCCUCAACAGAAAAAAUCUACAUCCGCAAAGACCUCCGAAGCCCGCUGGCUGCCACUCCAACCUUUGUGACGGACGGCGAGGCCACCAGGUCAACAGGACUGUUGGAUUCAGGAAUGUUCGUGAAUAUUCAUCCGUCUGGAAUAAAAACAGAACCAACUAUGCUAAUGGCACCAGAUAAGGUUGAAUCAUGCCAAGGAGACCUAAGCACACUGGCCAGUGUGGUCACGUCACUGGCGAAUCUCGGCAAAGCUAAAGACCUUCCUUACACUAGUCACGACAUGCCUGUGGUGGAAAGCUUACGCAACGGGGAUGCCCCCUUCUGUGCAUUUCAUCAGGAUAUCCAGACCAACGGGGACGUCUCAAGGGCGUUUGACACCCUCGCCAAAGCCUUGACUCCCGGAGAAAGCCCAGCCUGUCAUAGCCCAGUGGAGAGCAUGGACGGACACCUCAUCCCUGGAGAGUCGAGCUACAUGGAAAAAGAGGGGCCACUGCUCAGCGACUCCCAUGUAGUUUUCAGGCUCACCAUGCCUUCUCCUAUGCCCGAGUACCUGAAUGUGCACUACAUUGGAGAGUCGGCCUCCAGACUGCUGUUCUUGUCGAUGCAUUGGGCACUUUCCAUCCCUUCUUUCCAGGCUCUAGGGCAAGAAAACAGUAUCUUGUUGGUAAAAGCGUACUGGAACGAGCUCUUCACUCUUGGUCUUGCCCAGUGCUGGCAGGUGAUGAACGUAGCAACUAUAUUAGCAACGUUUGUCAACUGUCUCCACAGUAGCCUUCAGCAAGACAAAAUGUCCCCCGAAAGGAGGAAGUCAUUGAUGGAGCACAUCUUCAAGGUGCAGGAAUUCUGUAACAGCAUGGUCAAACUCUGCAUUGAUGGACAUGAAUACGCCUACCUGAAGGCAAUAGUGCUCUUCAGUCCAGAUCAUCCCGGCCUGGAGAAUAUGGAGCUGAUUGAGAGAUUUCAGGAAAAGGCUUAUGUGGAAUUCCAGGAUUAUAUCACCAGGACAUAUCCAGAUGACACCUACAGGCUAUCUCGACUACUUCUCAGACUGCCGGCUUUGAGACUGAUGAACGCCACCAUCACCGAAGAAUUGUUCUUCAAAGGUCUCAUUGGGAAUGUACGAAUCGACAGUGUCAUCCCACACAUUUUAAAGAUGGAGCCUGCAGACUACAACUCUCAGAUAAUUGGUCACAGCCUUUGAAAGCCGAGGGCACGUGGCUAUGGACUAAGUUUACUGUCCCUUCUUGGGACACCAGACACCAAAUUGAACUGUUGCUUCCAGGGCAUCUGCAAAUACUAACUUUAAGAGUAACCAAAAUUCAAAGUAUUUUUAUUUUGGAUUCUUUAAGAAGAACUGAAGUGACUAGUCAGGGAUCUGGAAUAGACUUCCCUGCCUGCUAUGGGGAUGAAUAAGAAAUGUAUGGGUCUGUUCUUGAUCAAGGUGACACCCAGGACCGUCUCCUCCUGACCAUCUACACUAAGCUUUCUCGUUCUAUUUUAUAAAACAAAUAAACUAGUAUUUCCCCUGA